UUUGGAUGCUAUCUUUUAAGACAUCGAAGGGCAAGCGGCAACGCUCGUUUGCCGGUCUUGCCCUACGCUAAUGCCAUCUUACAGUAUGCCAAUAAUAUUAAACUAUUAGUGACAGUCGAAUCUGUCGAAUAUGGUGUGAAUGUGAAGUUUUGUAGUGUAAAAACUAAAUUUUAUAUAAAGCAUUAAUCUUUAGACUAACUAAAAUCGAAAGUUAAUGUUUAUUGAUAUGAAAAAUAUAGCAUAAGCCGUUUCAUAUCCACCAAUGAGUAUCGGGUCAAUCGAGUUCGAUUACAGUUGUAACUCUGUUUACGUGUGUUUUUGAAAGAGAACUUGACUAUAAAACAUUCAUUUUUUUAAUUAUAUUGUCUUUAUGAUGUAUAAAAAUAAUCUGAAUGAAUGUUUUGACAAUUUCGUUACAAAAAGGUUUUGGAUUGUUUACUGACUUCGACUGAUAUAGUUUUAGUAUUUAUGGUUUUGAUAUCUAAUAGAUUAACAACAGUAUAAAAAUGAAAUCACUAAAUGGUUAUGUUGAUCAUUUUAAUGGAAUAGAUAAAGUUAACAUGAAGUCCAAAAAACGUAAACAUUCUGUGACAGUAAUAGAAAAGGAAGAAUUAAAAAAGUUAUGUUUAGAAAAUUCUAAAGACACACAAGAUCACAACAAAGAAUCAUCUAAAGAUCAUAUUGAAACUGAUGAGUACAAAAUACAGUCUUCAAAUCAGUUAAUUAAAUUUAUGUAUCAAUUAGAUGUUUCAAUACUUUGUGCUGUGAGGAAGGUUAUACAUAAGGAUAAGUAUCCAUCUGUUCUAGUCACAUUUGAAGAUAAUGAAAUUGAAUCAUUUCACAAUGUUUCUAUUCAUUAUAAUAAUGAAAGCGUUAAUGUUCACAUUGAAUAUAUUGACAAUCAUUAUGUAGAUGAUAUUGGCUUCUCUGCAUUAUUUAUGAAGAAAAAGCAAAGUUUUGCUAUACAAAACUAUUUUAAUAGUUUUGUCAAAUAUUAUAUCAACAGGGCUGAUAGUUCACAAAAUGACAUCAAAAAUAUUGUUCUCUAUACAAAUGCAGAUUUAGCCCUCACAGAAGAAAAUGUAUUGAAACAAGCACGUGUUAAAAACUUCUAUCCUUUUAAAUUUGAUCGUGUGAAUACAGAUAAAAGUGAAAUUGUGAAAGAUUUCUUAUUUACAAGUGCAGAUGAUGUACAUGUUAGUUUUUAUCAGCUCUCAGAAGAUGAACUGACAAGAAACAAAUUUUUUAAAUAUUUAGAACUUCCAUUAGCCACUCAUAAAAUGAUAGAAGAGAAACAAUUAUCUAAAAAAUUUCAGAAGAAAAUGAAGAAGAAGUUUAUGAACAAAUUGAUUUUUGCAGUUAAUCAACCCAAUAGGGAAAAAUUAAAUUACAUAAUUAAAAAUGAAAUAAAAAACAAUACUAAAUAUGAUUAUAUGGAAAUGCAAGAAAAAGUACUAUAUAGUUUAGCAUCUCCAGGUAAAAUUGGUUUUGAAAUUUUGUAUGAGUUUAAUAUGUUAUUAGCUCUUAUACAUGAUAUGUUUCUUCAUCAGAAACUAUCAUCUGUGAGUUACAAAAUGUCAAAUACUUUUAAUGUGAUAACUAUUGAUUACAAAGGUAAAAUAUCUUAUAUAAAAACUCAUCCAACUGAUAAAAAGAUUAAUUUUACUCAAUUAUUCCCAAUUUCAAAAAAUAAAAGUUCAAUCCUUUCAGUAAAUAAACAACUAGCUCUAUUUAUAGAUGACACAGAAAACAUUGACAGCUUAAAAUAUUGUGUAAUUUUCACUAAUGCUAAUCUAGAUAUAACAGAGAAAAAUCAGUUAAAAAAAGUUCGAGCAAAAGAUUUUCAUCCCAUAAAAUUUAACAAAGUUGAUAUUCAAAAGAAAAAAUAUAAAAUUUUUAAAAAUUGUUCUUAUCUAAAUGUUGAUGGUUUGUAUCAGUUUGCUCAAGAAGAUACAGCAAUAAUUUUGAAUCUUUUGCAGUAUCCAUCAUUUGAAAAAACAAAGAAAGAAGAGAAUUUCAAACAAAAGAAUGAAAUAAAAGAAAUAUUUCUACACAAACUCAUAUUUGCAUGCAAUCAAUCUAAUGCAGAAAAAAUGAUUAAUGAUAUCAGAAGUAAUAUAGGUACAUCAGAAGUCAUUUAUAAUUAUGAAGAGUUACAUGAAGUUAUACUACGUUGGUUAGAGUCUCAUAAAAUUGUUCCUAUUACAGAAAAACUUUUAAGGAUACUUUUAGAUGACGUAAAAAAUGCUAAGUUAAGUCAAGUCAUGAUCAAGACUAAAAGUAUUGAAGAAGAAAUCAAAUUUACUAAAAGUGUAUGUGGGACCGAAAAUGGCCCUAUAUUCAAUUAUAUUUUAAAUUUUGUAACUAGCAGCAAAGGAAAACACUAUUUUGACAUUUUCAAAGAAAAUGGAAUCAAGUUAUCAAAUUUAUCAAACAUCUUAAAUGGUGUUGGAUCAGAUGUUCCACAAAUUAUUGAAAAACUUUUUUUGUUAUGGUUUGAUUAUAAAAACAAUAGAACUCACUAUUUGACAAAACUUCAUGAAAAUGGAAUUAGCUUAACAAGUAUUACAUUAAUUUUAAAAGGUUCCAAAUCAAAUGCACCUGUUAUUUUUGAAGAAUUAUAUCGGCUUUGGUUUGAUGAAAAUGGUAACAAAACUUACUAUUUAACAACUUUCGAGAAAGAAGAUAUAAAGUUGACUAAUAUAGCAAAUAUUUUGCAUGGAGCUGGACCUUAUGCUCCAAUUGCUUUUAAGGAUUUAUAUAAUUUAUGGUUUAUGAAAAAUAACAAAACUAAAUUUUUGAAAACUUUGGAAUAUUAUGGUGUAAAACUCAUGAAUGUUUGCAGUAUAUUGCAUGGAGCUGGUGCUAAUAGUGCUAAAUCAUUUCAAGAUUUAUAUAACUUGUGGUUUGAUGAUGAAGGAAAUAAAACACAAUAUUUAAAAUGUUUAGAACAAAAUGGAUUAACUUUGUCUAAUCUAACAUCUAUAUUGCAUGCAUCAGGUUCCAAUGCAGCAAAUACAUUCAAGAAUUUGUAUGAUUUAUGGUUUGAUGAAAGUGGAAAUAAAACACAAUAUUUGAAAACACUUGAAGAAAAUGACGUAAAUAUUACUACUAUGACUAAUAUAUUAAAAAAUUCUUUAUUUAAUAUUGUCAGUUCGUGUAAAAAUUUAUAUCACUUAUGGUUCAAUGAAAAUGGAUAUAAAACUGAACGUCUAAAAAAUUUUGAAAAAGGAGGAUUGACAUUACUACAAUUAUCAGCAAUUUUAAAUGGAUCAGGUACUCGUGCUGUCAAAAGUUUCAAUGAUCUACAUGAUCUCUGGUUUAAUCACGAAGGAACUAAAACGCAGUACCUUAAAGUUUUAGAAGAAAAUAAAGUAGAUCUAGUUACUAUUAGUGCUAUUUUAAGUCAAGCAGGAGCUAGUGCUGUAAAAAGUUUUAUAGAUUUAUAUAACUUUCUAUUUGAUAAGGAAGGAAAUAAAUCUCUUCAUUUCAAAGUACUAGAAAAUAAUAAUGUUAAUCUUGUUAUUAUUUCUCAUAUAUUGCAUGGAGCUGGUUCAAAAGCUGUAAAAACAUUUAAAAAAUUGUAUAAUCUUUGGUUUGAUAAAGAAGGGAAUAAAACUAAAUAUCUCAGUAAUUUUGAACAAAAUGGCAUAAGUUUAGCUAAUAUAUUAGAUAUGUUAAAUGGAGCUGGAAUGGAAUCUGCAGAAACUUUCAAAGAUUUACAUGAUGCAUGGUUUGAUGAAGAAGGGAACAAAAUGCAAUAUUUAAAAAAGAUAGAAGAAAAAGGUAUUGAAGCAUCUAAUUUAGGCCUUAUAUUUAAUAAAUCUGGAGUCAAUGCAGCAAAACAUUUUAGAGAAUUGUAUAAUUUAUGGUUCGAUAAGGAUGGUAAUAAAACACAUUAUUUACAAAUUUUAGAAGAAAAUGAGAUAGAUUUUAUAAGUGUGUCGAAGAUCUUAGGUAGAGCAGGCACUAAUGCUGUAAAAGCUUUUAAAGACUUAUUUAACUUAUGGUUUGACGAACGUGGGAAGAAGAAACAAUACUUAAAAGUUAUGGAAGUAAAUGGUAUAAAUGUUAAUAACUUCUCCACUAUACUAUCUGAAUCUGGAUGUAAUGCUGCGAAAAAUUUCGAAGAUGUAUAUUUUAUUUUGUUUGACAAUGAAGGAAAUAAAACAAAAUAUUUUCAAGCUCUUCAGAAGAAUGGAAUAAAAUUUUCUAAUUUAUCUCAAAUUUUACAAGGAUCCAGUGGUAAUUCUGUAAAAGCCUUGAAUGAGUUUUUAGAUGUCUUGUUUGAUCAAAAUGGCAAAAAAACUGAGUACUUGAAAAUUUUGGAAAAAAAUGGCAUCAAACCAGUUCAUAUUUCUAGAAUUUUUAUAAGAAGUAAUUCUAAAGCUGCCCAAAUGUUUAAGGAUUUAUGUAUAUUAUGGUUUGAUACUGAUGGAAACCGAACCCGAUUUUUUAAAAUAUUUGAGAAAAAUGGAUUGAGAAUAACAAAAAUAGCUAGUGUUAUGAAUAAUGCUGGCUACAAUCCAGCUAAAGCAUUCAUGUACUUACACAACUUAUGGUUUGACAAAGAUGGACACCAGAGACAACAAUUCAAAAAAUUAAAAAAAGAAGGAUUAAAUAUAGACAGUAUAAUCAACUGUUUGAAUAGUGUCAAAAAUUCUUAACUAUGUAAAGACAAUUUGAUACAAAUAGAAGUAUUUCAUUAUAAAAUAACUGAUAUGUUUAUAAAUUCACAUGAAUUUAUAAAAAUUCAUAUGAAUUUAUAAAAUUCGCAAA